AUGUCGUUCAUGUCCCCACAUUCCCACCGCCGAGUGAAGCUACUCGCUGUAAAUUGCUCUGAGUUUCCGUGUCGCCACCUUCCUGGAGCAGACGAUGUCCUCGUCAUUCUGAAGACGAGUGCAACGGAGUCGCACAAGAAGCUACCUAUUCACUUCAAGACGACACUCCGGUGUAUUCCACACUGGAGAGUGUUCUCUGACCUUGAGGAAGACAUCGAAGGCUAUCGCGUGCAUGAUGUCCUGGACGAGAUUGACGAUGGCGUCAAGACAUCGGCCGAGGAAUUUCGCCUCUACGAUAUGAUUCAGCAAUGGCACACCAGAGGAAGAAUACCGUCUGCCGUCGAUGAGGUUCUGUACAAGCAGGCAUGGAACUUGGAAAAAUGGAAAUUCUUGCCGAUGGUUAAGAAAGCCCUGCAGACGCGUCCCGAUUCGAAGUGGUACUUCUUCAUGGAGGCCGAUACCUCUUUGAUCUGGUCCAACCUCCUGCUUUAUUUCUCACGGCUCAAUCCAGAACAGCCGCACUAUAUCGGUGCGCAAUCCUGGAUUAGCAACACCGAGCUUGCACAUGGGGGCUCCGGCUUCAUUAUUUCCAACAAAGCCCUUCGCAUGGUCGUUGAGGAGUACACUAGCAACGUUCCCCAGUACAACGAGCUCACGCGGAAUGAAUGGGCUGGCGAUCUCGUUCUAGCCAGGGCCAUGAAGAACCAGGGAAUUUACCCAACGAGGUCUUUCCCGAUUCUGCAGCGCGAGACUCCUUUUACCCUGGACUACACUGAGCGUCAUUGGUGUUUCCCGGUUGUUUCAUACCACCAUAUGACCCCUGAUUGGAUUCAGGCCAUGUGGGAUUAUGAGCAGCAAUGGCUAGCUAAGCAGCAAGCGGUCAGUGUGCCCCAAGCUGUGGAGAAGUUGGAUUCGGACUAA